GAGACAAGGAAGAAUCUGUCUUGACUUAAGGCUGGGUUAGAGAAGAAGGCAUCUCCAACAGGAAAGCACUGGAGCCUCCUCCCAAGGCUUUCCUGGGAAUCCCCUUUCACUGACUGAAGGCAAAAAAAACCCAACCCAACUGGGUGAUGGGUUCAGGUGCAAGUGUGGAGGAAAAGCAUUCUCGGGAGCUGGAAAAAAAACUCAAGGAAGAUGCUGAGAAGGACGCCAGGACAGUUAAGCUGUUGCUUCUUGGAGCUGGAGAAUCGGGGAAAAGCACCAUAGUCAAGCAAAUGAAAAUUAUCCAUAAAGAUGGUUAUUCUUUAGAAGAGUGCUUGGAAUUCAUCUCCAUUAUCUACAGCAACACCCUGCAGUCCAUGCUGUCCAUAGUGAGGGCAAUGGGUAUCCUGAACAUCCAAUAUGGAGACCCAGCCAGACAGGAUGAUUCCCGCAUGUUGCUGCACUUAGCGGAUACUAUUGAAGAGGGCACCAUGCCUAAGGAGAUGUCUGACAUCAUUGACCGACUCUGGAAAGAUACGGGCAUCCAGGCCUGUUUCGAUAGAGCCUCAGAGUUCCAGUUGAAUGACUCGGCUGGCUAUUACCUGAAUGAUGUGGCACGGUUGGUAACUCCUGGAUAUGUUCCCACAGAGCAGGAUGUUCUCCGCUCUAGAGUUAAGACCACCGGGAUCAUUGAAACCCAGUUUUCCUUCAAGGAUCUUCACUUCAGGAUGUUUGAUGUCGGAGGCCAGCGCUCAGAACGCAAGAAGUGGAUCCACUGCUUUGAAGGCGUCACCUGCAUCAUCUUCAUUGCUGCUCUCAGCGCCUAUGAUAUGGUCCUGGUGGAAGAUGAUGAAGUGAAUCGCAUGCACGAGAGUUUGCACCUCUUCAACAGCAUCUGCAAUCACCGAUACUUUGCCACCACUUCCAUUGUUCUUUUCCUCAAUAAGAAAGAUGUUUUCCUGGAAAAGAUCAAGAAGGCCCACCUCAGCAUCUGCUUCCCGGAUUAUGAAGGGACCAAUACAUAUGAAGAUGCAGGUGCCUAUAUCAAAGUCCAAUUCCUGGAAUUGAAUAUGAGAAGGGAUGUGAAGGAAAUCUACUCACAUAUGACCUGUGCCACAGACACAGAAAAUGUCAAGUUUGUCUUUGAUGCUGUCACUGACAUCAUCAUCAAGGAAAAUCUGAAGGAUUGUGGCCUCUUCUGAUUGCAAGUGUUUGUUUUUCCUAACUUGGUUGGCUCUGGUAAGGCAAGAUAAGAUGGGUGGGUAGAUAUGGAAGGCAAGAUGAGGGGGACUUACCUUGAAUAAAAACCCUGUUCAUUGAAGCAACAUAUAUAUUUAAGCCAAUUAAAGUUAUACAAAAUUUCUGUAAAAGUGUCAAGAACCCUUCAGACAAGUUUUG